GUGGCAGCCUAGCGGGUCCAGGUACAGUGCAUCUCAGCAGAAGAAUUUAGAAAGGCUCAGCAAGCAAAAAGGGCGGAAAGCAGCUCGGUAGGAGCCUCCUUAAAGGCUAUAGCUUGCAGCUUGUGAGUCACUCGCAGGGCCUCAGAAUGAUUGUCAGCUGGGGAUUGAGAUCACAUGAAGCUUAGUGACCCAUGCAGGUCGCAGCAGACGUCAUCUUUCUUCUUUGUAUCAGCUAUAAUGUACGUUUGCCAGCUCCCAAUCAUAAGUGUGUAGUAAAAGCAGCUCGAGCUUUACAUUUGGUGUUGCCUUUGAGCCCUGCCCUGAGCCAAGCUGGUGAAGUGGAGUCUUCCUUUUUGGGCAUUGCACAAUGGCCACCGAGAAGCCGGAAUGGAAGAUCAUUUUGGAAGGCUUAAGGGCAUCCCUUUUGAAGAACUACCUGCCCUUCGCUUUCUUUGUGGCGCUGCUGGUGGCCCUCGCAUGGCCCCUACCAGGCGAAAAAGUUUUGGAGCCAGAGGUGGCGGGCGUGCACGUCAUCACCUUUGUCUGCAUCUGCAUCGUCUUCUUCAUCUCGGGGCUGACCCUCCGCACCGACGAGCUCAAAAAGUCGCUCACGCGGCGCACCAUCUUCGGUACGGUGUUCGGCUUCCUCUCGAUCGUCGCGCUGACCCCGCUCCUCGCGUACGGCGUCCGGGACCUGCCGUUCAGCCCCCGGGAAUUUGCGACGGGGCUCGCGAUCUUCUGCAUGAUGCCGACCACGCUCGGGGUGGGCGUCUCCCUAGUGACGUCAGCCAAGGGCAACGUGGCGCUGGCCAUCUUUCUAACGGUCGGCACCAACAUUCUGGGCGUGGUCCUCAUCCCGCUCUGGCUGCGCGCCGUGCUGACCGGCGCGAAACACGGCGUCGAGAACCUGAACAUCAGCUACCUGGACCUGUUCCUGAAGCUGCUCCUCUCGUUCACGGUACCCACCGUUGUCGGGAAGGCCCUGCGCGAGUACUGCCCCGGCGUGCUCCCCUUCGUGCGCGCGCAUAAAACCGCGCUGUCGCUGUUCAGCAACACCAUCCUCGCGGUCAUUAUCUGGCAGACGAUCUCGAGCGGGCGGGAGAUCCUGGUCAACGCCAAGUUCGGCGACGUGUUGCUGGUUAUCGUCGCAACGACGCUCAUCCAUUUUAUCUAUCUACUAUUUAAUGCGCUCGUGCUGUACGGAAUGCGCGUCCCGCCGUUCGAGGGCGUGUCGGUGCUGAUCAUGGCGAGCCAGAAGAGCGCGCCGGUCGCGGUUUCGGUCAUCACGUUCAUCACGUCGGACGCCGCGACGCAGGGGAUCCUCGCCGUCCCGUGCGUGAUCGGGCAGCUGAUGCAGAUCUUCGUGGGGCAGCCGCUCGCGAACUAUCUGGCGGGGAGGAUCAAGCGGUGGGAUACGGAGCAGGCGGAGAUCCAGCGCGCGCAGGCGGGGGAGGCCAAGCCGGAAAUGAAGGCGGAAGACGUGCCUUGAAGUGGGUUUUUGAGGUUGGGGAGGGGCGGAAGAAGUGAAGGCGGAAGAAAGGCCUUUGAGUGUUGUGGGGAUGGGCGAGGAACUGAAGGCGGAGGACGUGCCUUGAAGUUUUUCUUGGGGGUUGGGGCUGAAGAAGCGAAGGCGGCAGAAGGGCGUUGGGAUAACGGGGGAAUGGUGGAGGAAAUGAAGGCGGACUACGUGCCUUGUUUAGGGGAGGAGGGGUAAGCGGGGCCGGAAAAGUAAAAGGGGGAACGGAGGCGCGGGUUGAGACUUGACGUGCGAUCGUUGUACGGGCAAGUUACGAGGCCGCAUUGCAAGGUGCCUGUAAAGCGGGGGCAUUGUCUUUUUGUGCGAGUCACUCGUCAUUUGCCCGUUGCAGCCCUUGAGGUGUAAGGUAGCGAAAUUGGUGCCAAGGAAGGAGUUGGGAGGAUCCCACCUCCUUGAAUUCGCAGGAUGUUCAUUCGUGGGAGAGCUCAGUAAGACGCCUGGAGCGUAAGGGUAAAAUUUGAUGUCACGCUGUCAUACAUUAGUAUGGCAACUGUCGAAGGGCGCAUCCAAACAACAUUUAGACUUGAGGCCGUCGUCAAAAGGAAGCAUAGAGGGCUUGAUGGUGCGGUCAUCGAAAGAAGUCGGAAAGCCUGCCAAAUCGAAACGAUUUAAGCAGUUGGAAUCUAGGGUAGACUCUGAUCAAAACGACGAAGCUAUAAUUUCUAUCAGCGAGAUCGACUCGAAUUAUACCGUCAGUGUGAAAAACGUUUGCGAUCGGAUGAUCCAACCCAUUACCGAC